AUGCAUUUCAAGACCGUUGCUACCUCGCUCCUCGUGGCCGGAGCGGCCGCCUCCCCCUUCCGCCGCCAGACCUCGAACGAGGCCUUCUGCGAUGAGGACCUCCCCGCCCCUCAGCCGAGCAGCACCAAGGCUCACUUCCCGCCUUACCCCGUGAACACCACCAUGCCCGGUGUUCCCACUACUCCCGGCGGCUCUUAUCCUCCCCCGUCAAACCCCGGAAACGGAGGCAACACUGGUUCCGGCUCAGGCUCUGGCUCUGGCUCCGGCUCUUCUGGUUCUGGCUCCGGUUUCAACACUGGUUCCGGAUCUGGCUCCUCUAGCUCCGGCUCCAACACGGGCUCCAACACUGGGUCUAACACCGGGUCCAACACCGGCUCUUCCACGGGUUCCUCGACUGGAUCUAACACCGGUUCCGACACUGGAUCUAACACUGGAUCUAACACUGGUUCCAACACUGGUUCCGACAAGGGCUCCGACAAGGGCUCGGAUAAGGGCUCCGACAAGGGAUCUGACAAGGGCUCCAACGGCGGCUCUUACCCCGGAGGAGGCAAGCCUGGAUCCGGCGGCUCGUGGCCUUCCGCUGCUCCCUCCGCUGCCGCCUCUGCCCCUGCCGGCAACGUCCCCUCGUACCCGGGCAAGCCUCCUGGUGGCUCUUCUUACAUUCCCUUCCCCCAGAACACCAGCAUCCCCACCGCUGCUCCCUCCUUCACCACCGUUCCCGGUGUUGCUCUUCCCACCGAGCCCAUUGCCGUUCCCAGCACCACCGUCCCCGCUGGCAACAACGACACCAUCCCGGCCUCCACCUCCAGCACGGCCUCCGGAUCCGCCUCCGCCAGCGCUACCGCCCCGGCCACCAACAUCCCCUACGGUGUUGCCAUUACCAAGUGCACUGUUGAGGGUGACUUCGCUCUGACCUUCGACGACGGCCCGUUCACUUACACCGAGCACGUCCUCGACCUCCUCGCUGAGGCUGGCGCCAAGGCCACUUUCUUCGUCAACGGCGAGAACUUUGGCAACAUCAACAACUUCCAGGAUGUCGUCAAGCGUAUGGUCGCCGACGGCCACCAGAUUGGCUCGCACACCUACAGCCACCCCGACCUCGCCACACUGGGCGAUGCCGACAUCAUCCCUGAGAUGACUACGCUCGAGGAUGCUCUCAUCAACAUCAUUGGAAAGUACCCCACUUACAUGCGCCCUCCUUACUUCAGCUGGAACGACAACACCCUCUCCAUCCUGAAGGCGCUUGAGUACCACGUUAUCCACGCCGACAUCGACUCCCUCGACUACGCCAACAACGCUCCCCUCGGCAACCUUACCAGCGUCGGCAUCUUCGAGAAGGGUGUCGAUGCGGGUGGUUCCAUUGCCCUGGCCCACGAGGUUCACCAGAACACCGCCGAGUACCUUGUCCCCGAGUUCCUCCGCAUCAUUAAGGAGAAGGGCCUGAACGCCGUCACCGUCGGCGAGUGCCUGGGCGACGCCGAGGCCAACUGGUACAAGACCAAGCGCACCUCCACCCCCACCGCCACCGCCUCCAAGAUCGUCGUCUCCAUCACCAGCACCGCUACCCCCACCGGCGUCAUCGGCCCCGACGGCGCCUGCGGUGGCUCCAACAACUACGUCUGCGAGGCUGGUGCCUGCUGCUCCGAGUACGGCUUCUGCGGCACCUCCCAGGCCUACUGCGGUACCGGCUGCCAGCCCCUCUUCGGCGUCUGCGGUGUCGCCGGCCCCGUUGCCUCCGGCGGUGAUGCCACCUCCAGCGCCCCCGCUGCUACCCAGACCGCUGCCACCGGCGGUGUCAGCCCCGACAGCUCCUGCGGUGGCUCAAACGGCUACACCUGCCCUGACAGCACCUGCUGCUCUGAGUACGGCUUCUGCGGAACCACCACUGCUCACUGCGGCACCGGCUGCCAGCCCAUCUUCGCUACCAAGGAAUUAGUUUGGGGUGGGCUGAGACGGCCGACUGAAAGUGCUCAAGCCAUGAGGGUGACAAGAUUUAUGACGUCGUCCGAGGAAAACCAUUAUGAUUGCGCCACAGACGAUGACUUUCGCGAGACUGUUCAGAGAUUCGUGAGAAAGUGGCGGGAGCGCACAUGGCAGCAAUCUCGACAACCUGUCUGUCGCAGCGGUAAUUCCUGCAGGAACCCGAGCUGUGCAUAUCUCGGAGAUCCGGGGUAUCGACGGCGGGCUGAUGCAAUCAGCCCCGUGCCUUGGCGGGAUUUGUCUUGGCUAUAUCUUCCGGGAAUGCCCACCUAUCAUCCCUUAAUGGGCCGUAACCCGCUCAUCGUCCAUAAUCGGGGUACUUCUGUAUUGGGACGAAAGGUGUAUUUUGCGGGGUCGGCUGACAGGAAACCAGCAGUACGGAGGAAGGGAAGGUCAUCGGUCGAAGAUGUCACAUCUGGGGAUGUCGUCCAUGGAAUUCUGCUUCUGCACAAGGAAGGCAUCGUCACACUUCUUGAUCUAGCUUCGCAGAAGCCGUCGCAAUUGCCAGCGAGUGACACCCUCGUUGACUACCAUCAUGCCGAAGCCCCUGAACAGAUGCCGGGCAACAGCAUAUGCUUCUCGAUGAUCGUCACCAUGUCUUUGGCUAUCGAUAGUUUCGUCUUCAAAUCCCCAUCGAUUCAGCUUCGACUCCCAGUUGCCGCGAUGCUCCCCAAUCUUGACCUCAGUUGGGCCGUGCUUUUGUUCACCCUACAUGGCCUUUCCUCUACAGUCUUGGCUUCUCCGAACAACGUCCUCGAAGACAGAGCCGUUUACACUUGUACCGUUGAGGCCAACAAUGACGGCUCCGAUGAUUCCCCAGCCACCCUUGCAGCCUUCAAGGAAUGCCGUAAGAAUCGCCGGAUUGUCUUCUCCAACACGACGUACAAUAUUGAAAAGAUGAUGACCACGACUGAUCUGGAGAAUACCCAGAUCGAGAUCCAUGGGACCUUGGUGUGGAGCAAAGACACCGACUACUGGCUCAGUAACCCGCAGCCGACCGGUUUCCAAAACGGCUCUGCGGCGUGGUUCCUGGGCGGGAAGAACAUCACAGUUAACGGCUUUGGAUAUGGAACCUUGGACGGUAACGGACAGACCUGGUACAACCUAGUCAAAGGCCAGUCCAACUACCCCGACCGCCCUCAUGCCCUAGCAAUCUGGAAAGCGUCAGGCAUGACAGUGAGAAACGUACGCAUGGUCCAGAGUCAGAUGUGGACCAUGGCAAUAAUGCACUCGCAGAACGUGCUAUUCGACGGCGUAUACAUCAACAGCACUACCAACAACGGGUACCCUGCCAGGAACACGGACGGCGCAGACACCAUUGACUCGGACCGCAUCACGUUCCGCAAUAUGUACAUCCGAAAUGGCGACGAUGCGAUUGCCAUUAAAGGCAACUCUACCAACAUCCUCAUUGAAGACUCCACCAUGGAUCACUCUCUGGGUAUAGCCUUUGGCAGUCUUGGCCAGUAUAAGAACGAGUUCGAGCGCGUUGAAAACGUGACUGUGAGGCGUAUCAAGGGCUUGGGGACUCGGUAUGGCGCAUAUGUGAAGACGUGGACUGGAGAUCAGGUUUCCUACCCCCCUAAUGGAGGUGGAGGCGGUGUUGGAUACUUGCUAAUUGAUCUGAUCCAAGACCUCAAGAAUGCGACCCUCUAUGACUUUGACCUCACUGCGACACGAGAGGCACCUUUUCUCAUUGGUCAAUGUACUAGCUUCAGUGGCCAACAGGGAGACUGCGAAAGCAGCACGUUCAAGAUUUCAGACAUGACGAUUCGCAACUGGGUCGGCGAUGGCGCAUCCAGUUACGUUGCGGAUAUGAACUGCAGCCAAGGUUCGGGCGGCUGUGUAGACAUCACUAUCGAGGACGUUGACUUGAAGAACACUACAACCGGGGCUGAUAUUACCAAGUACCGAAAUCUCAAAGACGAUGACCAUGCGGGGUCAUGGCAUCUUUCAACGCGACUGGCUACACUGUUAUCAACCUAA